UCUGCCCCCCAAGAAACUCCCCCGUGAGAUCCAAGAAACCCUCGACAAUGAAGAGAAACUCUGGCGAACCGUCUACGAGGGCGAGUGCGUGCCCCAUCUUCCCCCAAUCCUAUCCGAUCCUAACUAAACCUCCCCCUAGCGCCCCCGAAUCCACUGACUCCUCCGUCCGCUACGCCGCCUACGCCACCCGUAUCCGCACCAUCCUCCUCUCCGCCCAACGCUACGUCGCCUACACUUCUGACAUCGGCGAGUCCUUCCGCCCCGUCGCCCACCCACACCUCGUGCGCGGCGCCUACGCCAUCUCCUGGCUGUAUAUCGGCGGCGACGUCGCCCACGAGGGCUACAAGGCGUAUCUACGCAACAUGAAGAUCCGGCAUCCGGAGCGGUAUUUCCAUGCGGAUGGGAGUGUGAAAGAGGAGGGGAGGGAGGGGAAGGGGGAGGAGGUGAGGAAGGUGGUGGCGGGGAGUGGGGGGUUGGUGGCGGGGAAGAUUUCGGCGAUCGAGGAUUAUCGCGCAGUGAUGGCGGAGCGGGCGGUGUUUCAGAGCUUGGCAAGUAUGGGGUUGCCGGCGUUUACGAUCCAUAGUAUCGUGCGGUAUAGUGGGCGGGCGAUGAAGGACAUGAAGAAUAAGACCCUGAGGACGUGGGGGCCGAUCGGGGUAAGUGAAGCUGCCUGGAGGCGAUAUACGCAAUAUUCUGAUUUGCUGAUGAUGUGGCUUGAUAGCUCGGUUUGGCGGCGGUGCCGUUCCUGCCGUUCGUGUUCGACGAGCCGGUGGAGAAGGCGGUGGGGUGGACGUUCCAUAAGGCGUUCGAGACGUUUGGAGGGCCGGAAGCGGUGAAGAAGGGGCCGAUUAGUGCGGAGUUAGCGAUGUUGAGCGC